AUGACGGGAAAAGGUUUAAUAUUUGUGGUGGCUGUUCUCUUCAUCUCCUUAACGGAGGCGCGGAACGAGUCCUUUGUGAAUUCUACCAGUCCCAAAAUUUGGCUGACCAUUGGUGCUCAGCAGAGAUUUCUAGAGGUCUCUUGGGCCAAUGCUCCCGCGAAUAAUGGUGAUAAAAUUCUCGUAACAAAGCAGGAUGCCCUCAGCUUUGAGAAAAGUCAGGAUGAGGAAUCUUGGGUGGCCAAUGGAGGUGCCACCGAGGUCGAGGCCACCAUUCUACUGAGUCCACAACACUCUACCCACUGGCAAACCACUCAACUUCGCUAUGAUUAUCUUCUGUCCAGGACAGUGACAAUUGAAACCACCUGCUACGGAUUUUGGGCCAGCUACAUUGAUUUCCAGGGUAAUAUCUUGGCCAAAACUUGCCUCAAAGCAUUUCCUCGCUGGAUGAACGAUCUGAAGUCCGAAAUAGGGGAUGUGACCCUGCGAGAUCUCUUUAUUCCCGGAACCCACGACUCCGGCGCAUAUAUCCCCAACUUUUCACUCAGCAAUGAAAAUGUGGAGACAAAGUACUCUGUGACCCAAGAUGAGGACAUCAGGGGGCAGUUGAUGCAUGGAGUGCGUUACCUUGACAUACGAGUGGGCUACACGAACCAGUUUUACACCUACCACGGAAUCGCCCGAAUGCGUCCUCUGCAGGAAGUUAUCGAUCAGGUGCGGGACUUUGUGCGCGAGACCAACGAGAUUGUCAUAUUUAGAUUUAAAGAGGAGUAUGGUUUUCCCGCGAGGCAUGAAGUUCGACGCCAGUUGAUUAACUAUUUUCGAGAACAGUUCAAGGAUCUCAUAGUUAGUCCUUCGCUGAUGUGGGGGGCAUCGUUGCAGGAAAUUUGGGACAAUAAGCAGAACAUCAUCCUAACAUACAAUAAUAACGCUAUGCUGGCAGAGUUUCCAGAAGUUCUAUUUGAUCCCGUGGAACACUUUUGGGGAAACAAGGACACGUGGGAUAGCCUCAGGAAAUACUUGAACGAAACACAAGAAUACCUAAAAGUACUGGCUAAAUUAUGUAAAAUAGUUAAGUCAAAUAGAACUAGCCCGGUGUGCGUUAAUGCGGAGUUAACCCGAAAAGAAUACGGUGGUAACGAAAAAUACAUAUUUGGCGUUGCCUGGAACAUUGGAGUGGACUUUUUAAGAAACCCGAAAAAUGGACUCCGAAAAAUGGCUGAUGACGUAAACCAUGAGAUAUCACUGCUGUACUGGAGAGAAUGGGGCACUUAUGCCAAUAUUGUGACAGCGGAUUUCAUACGGGGCACAACACUCGUGGAAACUGCCAUUGAAUACAACAAACACCCGAGAAAAUAUAAAGGUAAGAAAGAGCUGCUCGGCAACACAUGGCGAACCACCGACGAAGUCCCAACUAGUUGGAGCCAUCUGAAUCUGAGGGCGAGAGAGUCGGUGGGGAAGACCCUCAUUAUCCCCUCCGCCGAAUACGCACUGCAUCGACUGGUCGACUCCUUAAAUUCAAGGUGA